CCGCCUUACCCGGAAGUAGGUCCCUCAGAAACGGAAGCCGGAAGUCACACUUCCCUCGUUUCGUAGGAGACGCGAGGCUGUUGUCCCUGAGCAGCUCCUUCAGAAGUGUGAAUGAACCAAGGAGUGAAAUCAGCACUGGAUCCAUACUCUUUCAUCUGCAACGACAUUGGCUGGUCCUGGAAACAGCCUUCAACAUUGUGGACGCCUCCUGGAAGCAAUUCAUCUCGGCACAGAAACUCUUUACGGUGGCUAACAGAGCGUCAUGUCGCAGGCGACCAAACGCAAACACGUGGUGAAAGAGGUGCUAGGGGAAUAUGUGGUUCCUUCCGAGAGGCAGCAGAUUGUCCGGGUGCUCGGGACCCCAGGAAACAACCUCCAUGAAGUGGAGACCCCUGAAGGGGCACGGUUCCUGGUCAGCAUGCCCAACAAGUUCCGUAAGAACAUCUGGAUCAAGAGAGGAGAUUUCUUACUGGUUGAUCCCAUUGAAGAAGGGGAGAAAGUAAAAGCAGAAAUCAGUUUUGUCCUUUACAAGGACCACGUUCAGUACCUUAAGAAGGAAGGAUACUGGCCUGACGCCUUCUUGGGAGAUGUGAAAGGAACUCAAAGCAAGACUAAAGAAAGUAGUAGAGAGGGGGUACAAAGCACCCCUCAGUCUUCCGGGGAAGAGGAUUCUGAAGAUGACGAUACCGAUCUGUUUGUGAACACCAACCGAAUAACGUACGACUUUAUGGAGAGCGAGGAGAGCAGCGACUCCGAGGAAGAAGAGAAAUGACCACCCGAUUUAUGGAGCGGAGCCAGACUGGCUGGGGAGUUCUGGGAGUUGAAGUCCGCAUGUCUUAAAAUUGCCAUGUGUGGCGACCCUUACUUUAGGGGUUCAGGCGCCCCAACUCAGCCUCUCGAAGGACUACCAGAUGACAAGAUCAUCAGAAGAGGCAUAGUUGAAACUCUUGGGUUCAUUUUUAUUUUAUUUCUUUUGCAUUCUUCUUCUCAGGGUGUUUUGAGAAUGGGCUGCUGCAAUUCCCCCAGUUAAAAGGGCUGCCCGCCCCCCGUCCCAAAUUCUAGACUCUUGGGGGCCCGUUUUGGGGCUGCAGUUUUCCUGUUCGGGGUUUGAAGGCUUCGGUUUUUAAGUUCGUGGAGGCAGCCGUGCGAACGUUGCAACAACCCAUUGCAGAUUAAGGAGAGGAAGCUGUUCUUUUGUUCGGUCCUCUCUUAAAUGGGUAUCUUGCCCGUAACUCUGAAUUCUCUCCAUUUCUCUUGCCUUUAUUUAAUAAAAAGCCUACUCCAAAUUGCAGCGAGCAAGUAAA